AUGGCGGUCAGUAUGGCAAAGUGGUUACGCCAUGAUUUGAAGAAGUAUCUGCUUACGAAUCACAAGGAGGAAGUGUGCCAGAUUUUACAAGCAACUGAUGCUGAUGAAUAUAAUUCUGUCACAGUCAAUGCACUUUCGUUGUUUGAGAAAAACAUGGAGUUUUGCGAUAUGUUGCUGUCCUCACCUCUGACAAUGCUGGAUAUUUUUGAUACAGCUCUUGUCGAAGCUCAGUUGGAUUUGAAGAAGGUUCUGGACACUGAUAGAAACCAGCAACACCUGACAGUCAAGAAGAAAGUCCAUGUUCGUGUGAUGUCACUGCCAGUGUGCCCUGAACUCAACCGGACGACGCUGCCCAGGACAGCAGAUUUGGGCAGUUUUCUCUCUGUCACAGGUACAGUGAUCAGGACGGCUCUAAUUCGUAUGCUCGAAUACGAGAAGGAAUAUAUUUGUGCAAAAUGUCGAACAACUUUGACAGCAAAGGCAGACUUUGAGCAGUGUUACAGUCUCUGCAAGCGGACAGUGUGUGUCAACGAUGCUUGUGGGGGCAACAUUCUUGUGCCUGCUGGAGACAAAGCAUCUGGGCCGAAUGUUUGCCGCAACUAUCAAGAAAUUAAAAUCCAAGAACAGGUCCAACGUCUAUCAAUGGGGACGAUACCUCGUUCUAUGUGGGUUGUCCUUGAGGAUGACCUUGUGGAUACAUGCAAAGCUGGUGAUGAUGUCACUGUUUGUGGGAUUGUGAGGCAGAGAUGGAGACCCUCCACGGUGGAUUCACGAUGUGAUGUUGAAAUUGUACUGCAUGCCAACCAUGUCCUGGUCACGAAUGAACAGAGGAACAGCGUCAUGAUCACCCAAGAGUUUAAAGACGAGAUAAAUGAAUUCUGGCGGGGUUACAGAGGUCAGCCUCUUACUGGCAGGAAUGUUAUCCUGGCCAGUCUGUGUCCCCAAGUGUUUGGCUUGUACCUGGUCAAGAUGGCGGUAGCCGUAGUGUUAGCUGGUGGUGUACAGAGAGUGGAUGAGUCAGGUUCAAAGGUCAGAGGGGAGAUCCAUUUACUUCUUGUUGGAGAUCCAGGUACCGGGAAGUCGCAGUUUCUCAAGUAUGCCUGCAAGAUCACGCCUCGUUCGGUGCUCACAACGGGUAUCGGCAGCACUAGUGCAGGCUUGACUGUCACCGCUACCAAGGAUUCAGGAGAGUGGCAGCUGGAGGCGGGAGCCCUUGUUUUGGCUGAUGGGGGUCUGUGCUGCAUCGAUGAGUUCAACUCAAUCAAGGAACAUGACAAGGCCAGCAUCCAUGAAGCCAUGGAGCAGCAGACCAUCAGUGUUGCUAAGGCGGGACUUGUGUGCAAGCUGAGUACAAGAACUACCAUACUUGCAGCCACUAACCCAAAGGGACAUUAUGAUCCAGCCGAGUCACUGUGUGUCAAUGUUGCUUUGGCAAGUCCACUCCUGUCCAGAUUUGACCUGGUUUUGGUACUUCUGGACACACAGAAUAGCCAGUGGGAUAGGAUUGUGUCUUCAUUUAUCCUGGAUGGAGUAGAUCCUGCUGGGGAUGUCACUGGCCUGUGGUCAAUGGAUAAAAUGCAAGCCUACCUGACACUUGUCAAAUCCAUAGAACCUAAACUGACCGCACAGUCCAGCAG